GAUGGAGCUGAACCCCAAAGAUGCUGGCAGGGACACUCUGACUCAUUAAGACAGAACCGAGUGUCAGCAGAGAGAGAAGACACCGGCUUCCCAGGCCUCAUCCCAGAGGAAUUCCCAGCUGUGUUGCUCCAGGCAUCACCUGGCCAAAUGGAGAUCACCCUGGGAGUCAUGGAUGAGAAUGCCACCAACAUCUCCACUGGCUUCCUUUCCAUGCUUGACCCCCACGGAGCCCAGGCUGCUUCCUUCCCAUUUAACUUCAGCUAUGGCGACUAUGAUAUGCCCUUGGAUGAAGAUGAGGAUGUAACCGAUUCUCUGACUUUUUUUGCUGCCAAGAUUGUCAUUGGCAUGGCCCUGGUGGGCAUCAUGCUGGUCUGCGGCAUUGGCAACUUCAUCUUCAUUGCUGCCCUGGCCCGCUACAAAAAGCUCCGCAACCUCACCAACCUACUCAUUGCCAACUUGGCCAUCUCUGAUUUCCUGGUGGCCAUUGUCUGCUGCCCCUUUGAGAUGGACUACUACGUGGUGCGCCAGCUCUCCUGGGAGCAUGGCCACAUCCUGUGCGCCUCCGUCAACUACCUGCGUACUGUCUCUCUCUACGUCUCCACCAAUGCUUUGCUGGCUAUCGCCAUCGACAGAUACCUGGUCAUCGUCCACCCGCUGCGGCCCCGGAUGAAGUAUCAGACAGCCACGGGCUGGAUCGCCCUGGUGUGGGCGGUGUCCGUCCUCAUCGCCAUCCCCUCCGCCUACUUCACCACGGAAACGGUUCUCAUCAUCGUCAAGAACCAGAAGAAGAUCUUCUGCGGCCAGAUCUGGCCGGUGGACCAGCAGCUCUACUACAAGUCCUACUUCCUCUUCAUCCUCGGCCUGGAGUUCGUGGGCCCCGUGGCCGUCAUGACGCUGUGCUACGCCCGCAUCUCGCGGGAACUCUGGUUCAAGGCCGUGCCCGGUUUCCAGACGGAGCAGAUCCGGAAGCGCCUGCGCUGCCGCCGGAAGACGGUGCUGGUGCUCAUGGGCAUCCUCACCGCCUACGUGCUGUGCUGGGCCCCCUUCUACGGCUUCACCGUGGUGCGCGACUUCUUCCCCGCCGUGUUCGUGAAGGAGAAGCACUACCUCACGGCCUUCUACAUCGUCGAGUGCAUCGCCAUGAGCAACAGCAUGAUCAACACCCUGUGCUUCGUGACGGUCAAGAACAACACCAUCAAGUACCUCAAGAGGAUCGUGCAGCUGCACUGGAAGUCGUCCUCCAACGGCAGCAAGUCCAGCGCGGACCUCGAUCUCAAAACCACGGGGGUGCCUGCCACCGAAGAGGUGGACUGCAUCAGGCUGAAGUAACCCGAGGGCCUUUAAACGUGUAAACGGGCCUUUGGGACACUGGCCCGUGUACUUCGAUGCACACCGUCAACCCCAAGAACUCUUGGUCUGCCGCAGAGGGCCGAGUACAUGGACGACUAUGUGAGCAUGGUGUCCCAGGGGCUCAGAUUUUCUAACACUCGUGUGAUGAGACACCAUCACCAGUGGCUGACGUUCACUGAACGUCUCAUUUGUGCAAAGAGGAGGCACUGGUAAAACCCGUAUAUGUUGAUGCCACUGAAUGGCCCCAAAGGAGUAGGGAUUAAACCAAGAAAACAUUUGAGCAUGGACAGCCUGGUGUAAGGCGGCUGCAGAGGGGACCUGAGUAGGCAUCUAUACUGGUACAUGUGUUUGUGGGGUGAGGGUCUCUCUGGACAAUCUCGGCGACUCAUCAGACACUGAUGUAACCCAUUUCUACAACUAUUUUUAGGCUUGACUUCACUCCUGAUGUUUGUGCGGUUGGAGUAAGACUACAGACAGCCUCCCAGUUCUGUCCUCAGCCCUUCUCACUCCUGGUCCCCACACUCACUGUGAGGAGCCUUACAGGCAUGCACACGGGACUGCAGUAUACAUGGCAAGUUCUAUCCAGAUCCUCUUGCCCCAUGUUGCCCCAUGGCGGCGCCUCAGGCUCAGGGCCCAUAUGUAGUGAAGCUCAUGAUUAUAAGGAUGGAUCCUGGGAAGAGGCCACGGAGACCCCGGAGACUAUGGGGACAGGGAAUCAUGAGGUCUGGGUACCUGGAGCAAGUCAAGAGGGGAACAGCUAGACUCAGGAUGGGUAUGUCCCCUUGGAUCCAUGGCCUUCUCUCCCUCAAUGGGAGGGGUCCAGGCAGAGGACCCCUGAAAGUGUGGGGGGCUCAGGGAAGGGGUUCAGGGUCUCUUGGUCUUAGGGUGAUACUGCUUCCACCUCUCAGUUAUUCUGAUUUGGACCAGUUAGACUUCUCCUUACGUCCUUCUCAUGUCUCCAUGCUUGUGACGCAUAGACUCUUUGAAAGGAGACACACACCUCAUGAAUGUGGCUGUCAGCCAUUUUUUUCAUUCACACCAGCUUUCACCCUUACUGGUACGAUUUAAGGGCAAGAUGUCUUUGUCCCUGGUGCCUGAAUCCCAUCAUCGGCAUUAUUCCUUUGGAUUAAAGCUUGAUGCUCUUUUUAAAAUGGAGGCACUUUCUGGAGGCAUAACCCAUCACAUUUCCAUUCCUCAGUGCACAUGAAGUCAUGCAAUCCAGUGGCAGGUGAUGAAGCUCAGUGGUAGGGCCCUGGGUACCUAGGAAAGAAAGGGACAUACAAAUGGUGGUGGGGGAGGGUCAGCUAACAAUGAGCUUCAGUGAUUCUACGGGCUCCCUGAGCGCUUGUCCCACUUCCCAAUCACCUCCUUAGUUCAGUGUUUUGAAUAUUGGAAUGUGGAGUUUUUGAACCAAAAGAUCUGAUCCAGCCUUGGCUUUGUCGCCUCUGUGACCCUGGGUAAAGCCUCUUGCAGGGGAUGAAGGUAGCUACUGAGGAGGUGGUUGUGAAUAGCCAAUGAGAUAAUAUGUGGAAAAACUCUUUCAACCACACAACUAAUCAAAAGCGAGACUAAUAACUGUGUGUAAUGU